CAAAAAUUGUCCAAUUUCGAAUUUGGUUGAGAUUUCAGGUGAAUGAUUCUACUGGUAUUUUAUUGUGAUUCAAAUGCAUUUAUCAUGAUUAAAUCAAAAUGUUUUGACAAUGAGCGCCCACAUAUAAAAUUGAAUAUAAAACUUUGAAUGAAAUGGGACACUGACCUUUAAUUUACCGAUAAUCAUGGAACGUAAUGAUGAAUUCGAAAUGGAUUCUUAUGCUACAUUAGAUGAAUAUGAAAUAAUACCUAGACCACAGGAAUUGGUUAAAGCUCAGCUGCACUCCAUGUCAUUGAAGGAAAAACUUGCCAAAGAAUCAGCUCUGAGAAAGAAAUUGUUACAGAAAAAAGAAUUAUUAGCAUCCAAAAGAAAAUUCUUAUCAAAAGAUGAAAAAAAAGUUACAGCAAAAAUCAAAUCACGAUCAUUACCUCACUCAGCAACAAAGGAAGAUAGAACUAAAAGCUCUCAAGAACUGGAACAAAAAUUUGAUUCGUAUGUGCAAGGAGCAAAAAAAAGUUUGAAGAAGGGCAGCCCCAGACCUGAAGUUACAAAAUCACUGAAGGAGGAUUCUGAGAAAGUCAGACCUUCACCAUCUAAAGAUGAUAUAUCUAAACAAGAGUUGCAACUUCUUAAAAGUAUGGAAGGAGUUGCAGAAACUGCUCAGGAGCGAUAUGACGCUCUUAAUGCGAGAGACAACUAUCUUCGCUUAAAAGAAUCGAAGAAAGGAGAAUCAAAAGUGAAAAAAAUAAGUGGAACUUGUCCUGAUAUGUGUCCUGAAAAGGAGAGAUACAAUCGGAUUGCAAAAAACUGCUUGGCUGUAUUUGAGACAAAAAUGGCAUUUGAUUCUAUGUAUUCUUCAAAAGAUGUUGAUCAUCGUUAUAUGGUAAAGGAAUACAGUCGAUCUUCUGCUGAUCAGCAAGAACCUCUUUCUCAUGAAUUACGACCUGUUUCUGUUCUGAAGUUCACUAUGGAUUACUUAGUUUGCAAUAUCAUAGACAGAAAAUUUACUAAUAUAUCCAUAGCUGAUUGGUAUGAUUUUAUAUGGAAUAGGACUCGUUCAAUACGAAAGGAUAUCACUCAACAACAACUUUGUGAUGUGGAGUGUGUUGAUAUUCUCGAAAAAUGUGCUCGAUUUCACAUUUUAUGUGCUGAAUUGCUAUCUGAAGAAGAUUCUGCAACAUUUGACCCAAAAAUUAACAAUGAAAACCUUACAAAAUGCCUUCAAACUUUAAAACAUAUGUACCAUGAUUUACAAACAAAAGGAAUCCAGUGUCCUAAUGAAGCUGAAUUUCGAGCAUAUGAUAUUUUAUUGAGCUUAACUGAAGGUGAAACCCUAAGACUUGUGAAAGAUAUAAGAAAAGAAGUAUUUAAUUCUCCACCUGUGAAAACAGCUUUUGAAGCAGCUUUAGCUUUUAAAAGUAACAAUUAUAUUAAGUUUUUUAAGCUUAUGGAGAAAGGGACAUAUUUGGAUUGUUGCAUUUUACAUAGAUAUAUUCCUGAAGCUCGUGCUCGUGCAAUGCAAAUAAUCGAACGUGCUUAUUCUAUGCCAAAUAAUGCCACAAUGUUACCUUUAAUAAGCUUGGUGAAGGACUUAAAAUUUGAGAAUUCCCUGGAUGCUGCUAAUUUUUGUAAAUGGCAUGGCUUGACAGUAGAUGAAACUCAUGUUACAAUUCAAAGACAGACAUUUCAAAAACCAUCUUCUGUUUAUCCUGUUGCUAGAGCUACAUCCCUUGUUGGAAAUAAAUUACAGACUAGCCUGAGUGAGAUAAUAAAUAAUGGUCCUCUACCUGAAAAUCCGUUGAAAUGGUAUCAACCACAUAAUAGCUUUGGUAAAGAAGGCUUAUUACUGAAUAAAUUUGAUGUUAGUGAUGCAGUAGAGAAAGAAAAAGAAGAUAUUCAGGACAUGGAUACUGAUGAAGUGAAUGUCACAACAAUACCUUUGGAACCUAUUAAAAUUGCUACUUCGGAGGAUACAAGAAUGGAACAAGAGGCAUAUAAAUUAUACCAGAAAAACUUUUCAAGUUCUGUGACAGAAGUUUCUAGUGUUUCAAAUUUCAAAAAGGAUCAUUCUUUCUUUAGGAAAUCUUUGAGUAAAAUUGAUGAAUAUUCGACCAAUUCCAAAAAAGUUUCCAACACUUCAUUGUCACAGGAAGCUCUGUAUCUAAGUCCAUUUGCAAACCAAAAAUCACCACCUUUAACAGCUCUAGAAACAAAUGAAGCUGAAAAUGCUUUCAUAUCAUCAAAAUUGCAAGCUGGUGCCUUUGGGAAGUUAUGUUCAGGAUCAUCAACAUUUCUUCCUAAUACAACGUCUCUAUCUUCUGGCUUCUCUUUUAAAUCUUCAACAUUGUUAAAUACAAAUUCACUAAAGGAAGCAUCUAAAACUAUUUCCAUACCUCAGCAUUCUUCAAGCAUUUUAAAUUCUUCAAUUCCAUCUAUUAAAGAUGAGCUUAUUGCAAGGAAAGCAGAUUUUUCAACUUCAUUAAAACUUCCCGAAAUUCAUAAUGAUUUUAUUGAAAGCGAAGAUUCAGCUGACCAGGGAAUUGGAUCUGAAGUAGAUAUGAAUGAAAAAACUAACAAAAUAGAAGAUUUAUAUUGUGAUAACAGUAACACAAAAGGCACUUCAUUUGAUGAAAAACAACUGGACAAGGAUUCAUUGUCCCUGGCAAUGGAAGAUGAAGAAACACUGAAGAGAUUGAGAGAAGAGAAAGUGAGGGAAAUUAUAAUUGAUAUAUCAGAUGAAAUCUAUACUGAAUGCAUUGAAAGUUUGUCUGCUGAAAUUUCUGAAUCUACAUUGAAAGAGGAAUGGACCAAAAAGGUUGAAUAUGAAGAUGCUCUUGAGAAAAGGAGAGCUAUAUUGGCUAGGAAAGCUAUAUACAAGUGGAGAUUAUUUUGUGAAAGAAUAAAGCAACGUAGGAUGUUACAAAACACAGAACCUUUAUCACCAUGGAUACCUAUGUUAAUGAAUACUGAAUAUAUUGCUUCUGGUGCUAGUAGUCCCUUCUCAGUGUAUAAGAAGCACUGUUCUCUUUCACGUUUGGCAGAUACCAAAUUGAAGCAAAGGGAUAAUAGGCCUGGUUGGGAACCUUUUACUUCUUCGCAGUUUCAAAUGCUGAAUAAAUUGCCAAAUUUCCCACCAACAUACUUGAAGAAGAUUGGAAUUAAUAAGUUUUUUAAAUUAUGCAUUGUAUUUGCUUCAUAUCCCAAUUUUAGUUUAUCAACUUUUUUUGAUUGGAUGUGCAAAAAGUUCAAAUUGUCUUCAUUACCUGGAGUUAUGGAUAAAAAGUCAAACCUUUUAAGCUUUUAUACUUUAAAUGGUGGGAAAACAUUAAUGUGUAUUCAAGGAAUAGCUCUCAAAAAGAAUAUGGACAUGAAAAAUAUCAUCUUAAAUGGAUUAUCUGCAAUGAUGCUUUGUAUUCCUGGAAGAUUUCCUGAUUCUUUGACUUUCGACAAUACUUUGGAGCAGUAUAAAUUUCUCCUUGAAAAUAACUCUCAUCUACUGCCUUUUCCAUUAUUUGCAUUUUUGUUAGGAUCAGCAGAAAAAUGUAAUGUAAAUAAAUUGGCAUCUUUUUUAGACAAAAGACUGUAUUCUGGUAACAUUUUUUCUGCUGUGAAAAAGAAAGAAAUAUCAAAUCCCACCCAUUAUAUUAGCAACUCCAAUGAAGUUUUAGGUGCUGUAAGUUGGUUAAUAGAAAACCAAGAUGAAAUGCCUGUUGCUCUAAGUUCAACUUUGCUCAACUAUUUAGAAGAUUCCUUUGCAUCUGUUUUCAGCACUUUGUUUUGGAAGUUGUCUUUGCAAGAAUUUAAGCCUCUUUUUCAGAUGCCACAACAAAUUAUCUUGUUUUACAAUAAAUUGCUGGCAUGCAGAGCAGAUCUACUUCAUUCAAAUUUCCUCUUAGCUAUUGCUAAAUGGUGGCCUCCUCAGGAACUUUUUACUCUACAGCCUGAAUAUAGGUUUAUAGAUGUGAAAUUUCAAAAAAAAUCUGCAGAAUUGAUGAAAAAUCUACAUUUACCUGAGUUUGAUGGUAAUCCUUGCUUUUUGAAAGAUGUGUGGAAUUAUGUGUAUAAAAUUGCUGAUUUAGCAGAAUCUGGCCAAGAAGCUUUAUUUUUAAGUGUUCAAAGUAUUUUGAGAAUUUCAACAGAUAUUGACUGGCCAAGAAUCAUUAGCAAGUGUGCCUAUUUCAUUUUGUGCAAUUUCUGUACCAAAUUUGAGAGUUGUGUAAAUGAAGAUGUAUUUUACAUGAAACCAGAUUUAGAAUCCAUUAAUUUGGAUUCCUUUUGGGAAAAUUCAUUAUCAAUUUUGAAAAGGCAAACUCUAUUCAAUAAAAGGAAAAUGCCGGAAUCUGAAACUGAAGAAAAUUCUGAUCUCAAGAAAAUAAGAAAAAGUGAAAAUAAGUUAUUACUCGAAGAACUUCAUGAUAUAGACAACAAAGAUCUCUAUGCCACCUCUGCAACUUCUAUUUCUGAUGUUUCAGAUGCUAUUAGUAGCCGAGUGAAUAAUUUGCUGUCUUCUUUGAAAUCUGCUUUAAAGAAACAAAAUGAAGAAUCUGACAAGUUCUUACGUAAGCUUAAUGAGUCAGUUUUUGAUCAAAACUGUUUUUCAGACAAAGAGACAGAUGAUAGAAUUUCUGACUCACAAAUACCAAUGGUUAAAGUAAAUAGAAAAUCAGAUUCCUCUGAUGUAUUGGAGAAGCUGCUUGGGAAAAAGCAUCCAAGUCCAAUCACCUCACCUUCCAGCCUAUCUGAGAAACUAUUGGAAUUGAAAUACAAUAUUCAGAGAAACAAUAUUCUGGAAGAUAAUCUUGAAUUAUUACUUAAGUUAUGAUGGUAACACAUAUGUAAAUUAUUUCAAAUGUAUAGUUAAUGUGUCUUUCAAUGAAAAAUUUGCUAUUUU